AUGUGUGGCGUCACUGGUUUGAUGCGAGGUCAGGAUGCUGCCGGCAUCUCGGUUUGCAACGGGGGUCGAGUCUACCAGAGAAAGGGCCUCGGAAUGGCGCAAAAGGUCUUUUCUGAGUUCGACGGACUUGCUCUCCUGGAGCAGCUGCCUGGUGCUUUCGGCAUUGCCCACGUCCGAUAUCCCACCGCCGGCACUUCGUCUGCAUCUGAGGCUCAGCCCCUCUACGUAAACUCUCCGUUUGGUCUAUCCAUCAGCGUCAACGGAAACCUCAUCAACCCCGACUACCUUCGCGAGUUCUUGGAUGUCGAAGCUCGUCGACAUGUCAACUCGGACUCGGACUCUGAGCUAUUACUCAAUGUUUUCGCACACGCGCUUAAUGAGCUUGGCAAGGCUCGAGUAAACGUCGACGACAUCUUCACUUCUCUGCGUGAAGUCUAUGCCAAGUGCGCCGGAGCUUAUGCUUGCACUGCUAUGGUGACUGGCUUUGGUAUCCUGGGUUUCAGAGACGCAAACGGCAUUCGCCCUCUUUGCUUUGGCUCUCGACCUUCUCAAACCCUGCCAGGAGCCAAGGAUUACUUCCUUGCAUCGGAAUCUGUUGCUCUCCGACAGCUUGGAUUUACCGACGUCGUCGACAUUAAGCCUGGCCAGGCUGUCUUUUGCCAGAAGAACGGCACUGUCCACUUCCGCCAAAUCGUGGAGCCAAGGUCGUAUACUCCCGACGUAUUCGAGUACGUCUACCUGGCCCGACCUGACAGCUGCAUCGACGGUAUUUCUGUUCACCGCAGCCGGCAGAACAUGGGCGUCAAGCUGGCCAACAAGAUGAGGGAGAUCUUGACCGCAAAGGAGAUUGAAGAGAUUGAUGUUGUUAUCCCGGUUCCAGAGACUAGUAACACUGCCGCGGCUACUCUUGCAAGCUGCCUUGACCGACCCUACUCAAACGCCUUCGUAAAGAACCGUUAUGUCUUCCGCACAUUCAUCCUGCCUGGCCAAGAGGCGAGGAAGAAGGGUAUCCGUCGAAAGCUGUCCCCUAUCGAAUCCGAGUUCAACGGAAAGGUUAUUUGCAUCGUUGAUGACUCCAUUGUCCGAGGAAACACAUCGCGAGAGAUUGUUCAAAUGGCUAGAGAAGCUGGAGCAACCCGUGUUUAUGUCGUCUCAUGCUCCCCCGAGAUUAUGAACCAGCACAUCUACGGCAUUGAUCUUGCUGACCCUGAUGAGCUGGUGGCAUACAACCGAACUACCGAAGAGGUGGCCGAGAACAUCCAAGCCGACAAGGUCAUCUUCCAGAGCCUGCAGGAUCUCAAGGACGCCUGUACCGAAGCAGCUGAUGACACAAACGACGUCAAGGAGUUUGAAGUGGGCGUCUUCUCUGGAAAGUACAUCACCGAGGUGCCUGAUGGCUACUUCGAGCACAUUAGCCAACUGCGCGGCAAGAACAAGAAGAGAAAAACCCCCAACUGCUCGGAAGCAAUGAUCAUUGCGAAUGGCGGCGUUGUCAACGUGGCACCCGGCCAAAAGGCUGCGGAUGAUGCCAGAGAUGGCGCCAAGAGCCCGUCAUACCGGGAGGACAUCAACAUCUACAACAUUGCCAGCUAA